AUGAGACCUUCUCCAGUUGCCCUAAAGUCUCUAGGGCCUACGCUUUCCCUUGAAGAGUUCUUGUUUCGUCAGCAGAUUAAGGGAAUCUAUAGGAAGGUGGUACGACUGAUUUAUAAGCAUCAUGAGAGAGAUGACUUAAUGAAGUUUUUGAGAUAUGAGUUCAAAAUCAAGGAAAAGCACGAUCUUGCUUACAGAAAAUACUUGUUGAGUCAAGGUACUCAACGUAUCAAUGAUAUGGCCAUGAUGUUGGGACUCAACAUUAGUGUUUGA